GUGUAUGAAGAAAAGGAUUAUAGAAGAGUUAGAUUUAUUGGACGACAAAAGGAGGUGAACAAGAAUUUUGCGAUUGAUUUGAUAGCAGAACAGCCUGUGAGUGAAGUUGAAAGUAGAGUGAUAUCAUGCGAUGGUGGUGGUGGAGCUUUGGGACAUCCUAAAGUAUACAUAAACUUGGACAAAGAUACAAAGACCGGAACAUGUGGCUACUGUGGACUUCAGUUUAAACAGAAACAUCACUGA